GGGAAGUGUAGCGGCUGUCCAGUGGAGUGAAGGCGCCGUGAAAUCCAGUAACCUAGUUUAGGAAAAAUACAAGCUCUUCAGAUACAAAGGAAAAUGUCUGAAGACCUUUAUGAAAAGUUCCUCUCUCCCGAGGAAGCAGUCCCAUUGCUGUCCCAACGAGGAAACCUCAGCGAAGACUGCACGCUAGAUGUGAGUGACUUCGGCUGUCAUUCGUCCUCAUGUCAUCGAACAGACCCUCUGCGGCGCUUUCAUAGCCACAGAUGGAACCUCACUUCCUGUGGGACCAGCGUAGCGAGCUCAGAGUGUAGCGAGGAGCUCUUCUCGUCUGUGUCUGUUGGGGACCAAGAUGACUGCUACUCCUUGCUGGAUGACCAGGAGGUCACUUCCUUGGACCUGUUCCCCGAGGGCAGCGUCUGCAGUGACGUGUCCUCUUCCAUAAGCACAUACUGGGACUGGUCAGACAGCGAGUUUGAGUGGCAGCUGCCAGGAAGUGACAUAGCCAGUGGAAGUGAUGUUCUCUCUGACAUCAUACCCAGCGUCCCGAGUUCACCCUGCCUGGUCCCAAAGAGAAAGACCAAACCACACAGGAACUUAGAUGAGCUUCCAUGGAGCGCCAUGACCAAUGAUGAGCAGGUUGAAUAUAUUGAGUACUUGAGUCGAAAGGUAAGCAUGGAAAUGGGACUACGUGAGCAGCUGGACAUUAUAAAGAUCAUCGACCCCUGCGCACAGAUCUCCCCCACGGACAGUGAGUUCAUCAUCGAGCUCAACUGCCUGACAGAUGAAAAACUAAAACAGGUGCGGAGCUAUAUCCGGGAGCACGGACCCCGGCAGCGGGCCGGCAGCACGCGGGACAGCUGGAGGCGGAGCGGCCACAGCAGCGCCAGCGGGGUGAGCGGCGCCGGCAGCAGCAGCACCAGCACCAGCGCCGGCAGCAUGGCGAGCAGCGCCAGCAGCAGCAGCAGCGCCGGCUCCACCGCCUCCAGCGUCAGCCACGCCCACAGCGACGGCAACCUGGCGGCCAGCGCCGCCGAGCGCAUCCGGGACUCCAAGAAGCGAUCGAAGCAGCGGAAGCUGCAGCAGAAAGCCCUGAGAAAGAGACAGCUGAAGGAGCAGAGGCAGGCCCGCAAAGAGAGGCUGAGCGGCCUGUUCCUUAACGAAGAGGUGAUGUCGCUCAAAGUCACGGAGGAGGAGGACCACGGCGACGACGUGGACGUCUUAAUGUGACAAGAGUGAACGGCUCAGUGUUCCCUCUCGGCCUUCGGUUCGUCAUUAGUGGGUGUUCCAUUGGCAGAUGUCCUCCUUCACUCCAUCCGAAAAUAGCUGAUCAAGUACAGAAUUAAAUUUAUCUCCUCCACGGAGAUGGACAUUGUCCAGAUUUUCAAAGGCUGCUGCACUCCAUGCGUCUCCUUUAAACAGAAUUCUGAAAUAAAAGCGCCCUAAGUAAAGAACAGAAAGCUUCAACACUCAUGAAAUAAUUUAUUUUCUCGCUCUAUGCUCCAGAAGGGAAUCUGACAUUUCGUUGACUGUUCACUGACACAGUGAAAUCUGUCCACACACAGACUUAGAAAUCUGUUUCAUCCAAGCCUCUAAGUAUCCAUUCACACACAUUUUGUGUUUGGUUUGCAUGAAUUUAAAGGCAGAGGGAACACUGAAUCUCUGAAUUGUCUAUAAGGAAUCACGGCCAUUGGUACCAUGGUGCAUCACCAUAAUAAUGAUAAAACAAAACUAAAUAAACUUGUUAAUAUUUUCUGCCUUUGUAGAUAUCUUUGUAACUGGCAGAACCAAAACUGCUACGUGCUACCUUUUCUAGUGUACAGUAAAUUGAAAAUCCACGCUGAUUGAAUAUGUAUUUAAAACAAACGGGUAAAACGGUAUGACUGGCCAUGAGUCAGGAUGUAAAAUGUGCUUAGCUUGCUAGGUAACUGUAAUAUAAAUUGUUGUUUUGCAAAUUAAACUUUCUCUGUCACAAGCUUAACUGUUGCCACAGUAACUUUCAGGAUAUUGUUGCACACAUUGGCACGCUAACCUUGACAAGAAACUUGCCAUAAAUAGCUGCUGUUAGUCUGGUGCAAUACUGCCAUCUGUUGGCAGAAGUGAACAAUGAUUUGUUGGUUUUGGAUUUUACGGUCCCCAGAAUUGGAUUCAGUUGAGAUGUGCCAAUUGAGUGAAAAUUAUAUUGAUGGUUGAUAACCUUUAAAAAUAACAUAUUAAUGCAUACCAAGUGGCCAUCCUAGUUGGACAUAAUAAGCCAUUGGCAGUGUGCUUUGGUACUCUUUUAUGGUUGUCUUUAAUCUGCAUUCAGGUUUUGGAAGCCAUUAGGCCCUGGUCGGUAUGCCAUAGUCACAUCUAGACUGUGGGUGCGUAGCAUAGUCAUCGGUUCAUACAAAGGCUAACUGUAAGCAAUGAGAGCACUAAGCCAUGCAGUUAUCCUCAUCAAAAGCUUUGAGAAUAACUGCAUUUUUCUGUGAGAAAGUGAUUGUGGCACCAUGGUCCAUUCCCUUCUCAGUUUGUAAUGUGCUUGUGUAUUUAGUCUCUUUACUUGAACUCUUCU